ACAAAGCUAGCAGUCCGUUGAUAUAUAUUGGUCGCAUCAUAAGUGCUGUUGCAAGAAAAUGUGUUUUCCUGAUACUCUCCGUCGGGCCUCUUCCAAAUCACAUUGCAUUCAUAAUGGACGGGAAUAGAAGAUAUGCAAAAAAGCACAAUUUGGAACAAAGUUCAGGUCACAAGGUCGGUUUCAUCGCCUUAAUUCCCAUGAUCCAGUACUGUUAUGAGCUCGGUCUCAAGUACGUGACUAUUUAUGCUUUUAGCAUAGACAAUUUCAAGAGACGUUCAGAAGAAGUUCAACAUGUCAUGAAACUGAUGCAGGAAAUUAUUGAAGGGAUAAUCGAGAAAGAAAGUGUAGCGAACCGUUAUGGUGUUAGGGUUUACUUCGUCGGAAACUUAAACCUACUCCCUAAGCCUUUAAUGUUGGCUGCUGAAAGAGCCAUGGCAGCCACAGCUGGAAACUCGAGAACAGUUCUGUCGAUUUGUUUGGCCUACACUUCUACGGACGAGAUUGUUCAUGCUGUACAAGAAGCUUGUGAGAAAAAUAAGAUGAAUGGAGAAAUUAGGUUAACAGAUGUUGAGAGGCAUAUGUACAUGGCGGCGGCGCCAGAUCCAGACAUCAUUAUACGUACCUCGGGCGAAACUCGGCUGAGUAAUUUUCUUCUGUGGCAGAGUUCACAUUCGUAUUUAUAUUCGCCUUCUAUUCUCUGGCCGGAGAUCGGUUUCCGCCAUCUAUUUUGUGGUAUCUUGAACUUUCAGAGGAAUUUCAAGUAUUUGCAAGUUGGAAAGAAAGAGGAAUUAGCUAGAGAUUAA